AUGUUAUCAUUCACUCAAGUCGCCAAGUGCUUUGUGCCAAGGGUCAGUGUCCUCGGGGCUUUCCAUCGCAGCUUCGCUUCUUACGCGGGAUACAAGAACAUUUUGGUCGACGUUGAUGUCCAAAAAGGGACAGCCUUGGUGACGUUGAACCGUCCAAAGUCCCUCAACGCUCUAUGUGACGACCUCAUGAAGGAGCUGAGCUCUGCCACCAACGCGCUUGACAAAGAUGAUGCCAUCCAUGCUAUCGUCAUCACUGGAGCUGGAGAAAAAGCGUUCGCUGCUGGUGCUGAUAUCAAGGAGAUGAAUAGUCGACAAACUAUGGCUGAGGUUUACAAGCAGAACAUGCUCGCCUUUUGGCAGGAUCUAGCUAAUGUCAAAAAACCAGUUAUUGCAGCCGUGAACGGCUAUGCUUUGGGUGGAGGCUGCGAGCUCGCCAUGAUGUGUGAUAUUGCUCUUGCGAGUGAGAAGGCGGUAUUCGCACAACCGGAGGUCACAUUGGGUACUAUACCCGGUGCGGGUGGUAGUCAACGUUUAACUCGUGUGGUCGGGAAGAGUUUAGCUAUGGAACUUUGUUUAACUGGCAGACACAUGCCGGCAGAAGAAGCGCUUAGGAGAGGCCUCGUAUCGCAUGUCUAUGCUUCGGAGGAGCUCGUUCUCAAAGCGCUCGAGAUGGCCGAAAAAAUAGCCUCCUCCUCAGCUCCUGCUAUCGCGAUGACGAAGGAAGCAGUUAACCGCGCUUAUGAGACAACACUCGCUGAGGGACUGAGAUUCGAACGAAAUAUGUUCCACGCAACCUGGGCCUUGGAGGAUCGCAAAGAAGGCAUGACCGCUUUCGUUGAGAAACGCCAAGCACAGUGGAAGAAUCAGUGAUUGCCAGUUUC